AUGGUACACGUGACACGAUGCGGGUGUCGACUUUCGUGCGAACUUCAAAAACCCAACCAGGUGGGCCUCACAGUUCUAGGCAAUGCUGCGCGAUGCUGUGAAUACGUGCAGGUCCCCAAGCUGGGAUCCCUGGAACCAGCUUCCGGUGGCUAUUUAGCAGAUUUCCGCCGCUCCUGUAAAGAUGGCGGCCUGGACUGCGACACCAUUCAUUAUUCUGUGCCGAGACCUUCAGGGGACGGCGAGGAGAUUGGGGGCAAAGUCACGUGGUACGGUGACGUCCAGUGGGUCAUUGAGGGAAAUCCUGACCCUGAGAAGGUCAAGCAGAUCAUCGAUGUUUCGGGUAUCCGAUACGCUUUUGAAGCUGGCACGACGGCGCCACCAGGAGAUGAGGCCGGACACGGUGAAAUGGUUGCCUUCAACGGCACUGCCUACGUGAGAUCCACGCGCACGGGAAGUUCAGAGUUCUACAAGACCGUCUACGGCCCCUACAUGCGUUGUGACGCAGCAGGUCUUGUGGGACCUCCAAAUGCCACCCCUGAUCUGGUUGCGACGACAUUGGUCGGAGGUAUGACAUGGACUUCUGCCAUCAACGAUAUGUUCUCCAACAUCGAGAACCGCAGUGGAGCACCUGCUGCGGCGUUUGGUGGCAUGGUCACCUUUGAAAGGCUGCUAGGAACAGCCAUCGCCCUGUCGUCCACAGAGCAGGAGAACAUCUUCGCCUCGAAGGACAAGUACUACCCUUUUGCGCCCCAUGUAGAGCACAACGUCAACUGCGUUGUUGUGGGCUUCGUUGGCGACAUGGAUGCCGUCGAGAAGAAGGGCAUCACGGGGCUGGAGAAGGUCUUGUACAAGGGAGCUUCGGGAUCUGCUGGAGCAGGAGCGGCCGAGACCCUCACCCUGCACGCGCAUUUGGUAACGCUUCGGCGCAGCUGCAAAGCGAAGACACCUCAGGAAGUGCGGCCUCAGGAUGUGAAAGAGGUAUACCAUCUCGACUCAUCCAGCAUCGUGGCGAGCUUCAAUCUGGAGCUGUGGCUCAUCAACGAAAGCAUGGAAGAGCAUCCUGUCCUACCAGCAGAUUCCGUGCCUGCACCAAUCGCGCACCCUCCAAGCCUUUGCAACUGCUCCGAGUGGGUGGUCAACGCGCUAGUUGACGCGGGCGUGACACACGUCUUCGGAGGACACGGAGGUGCUUUGGUGCCCCUUGUGAACGCCAUCGUGAACAACCCAAAGGUGCGAUGGGUUUGCACCCGCAACGAGGCCAACGCCUCGCUGAUGGCCGCUGCGUAUGCCAAGCUGACGGGGAACAUGGGGGUGUGCGUUGCUACAUCAGGGCCAGGAGCUUCCAACUUGACGACGGGCCUCUUAGAUGCCCUGCAAGAUCAGUGCUCCAUGAUUGCAAUCACCGGCCUCAAGCCAAGAGGCGGCAUUGGGUAUAGCGAAUUUCAAGACCUGCAGCAGAGUCGUAUGUUCGCCGCCGGUGGGUUGCCCAUGAGCCUUGAUGUUUCGAGCCCAGACGCCUUGGUACCGCUGUUGCGAGAUGCUGUGGCCAAGGCCCUCUCGCUUCGAACUGUUGUUCACUUAGGCCUUCCCGUGGACGUCCAGGCUGCCCAAUGUCCGGUACCUCUGAAGCCCUUCUGUGCAGCAGAUGUCAGGGCUGAAGUUGAGCUGCCGGAGACCCAUUCCUUCGUUAUCAAGAACGUGGCUUCCGAGCUCCGCGCAGCUUCAGGUCGCGGAAGUGGCCGGGUCGUCAUCGCUGUGGGCCACCGGGCCGUCGGUGCCGGGGAGGAGAUCCUAAAGUUAGCUGAACGCAUCAAUGCUCCUGUGCUGACACGGCUUGAUGCCAAAGGAUGCGUGAACGAGGCCCAUGGCCUCGUAUUUGGUGUUAUUGGCGUGCAUGGGAAAUCUGGACUUGAGCUUGCGACCAAAGUCAUAGAGACUUCCCAACUGAUCAUCUCCAUCGGAAAUCACGACGACACGCUCUUGCUUUGCAACCGGGCAGGCUUGCAGAUACGGCCCAUGAUCACCUUUGAGCCCGAUGCCAUGUGCUUGCGGAUCAACGCAAGGUACAGGGCCUUGUACGAUGUGGUGGGGGAAAUCAAGUUUACGCUCCGGAGGUUGCUUCAGGAGCUUGGGCCACAGGAGAAAGACCCCAUCAUCCAGAACCCAAGCUUCAUGGAUCGUUGGCAUAGGGAGCUGGCUUUCAGUGGCAUGGACGUUGUGACGCCACUGGAUGCUGCCAACCUUCACUUGGCACCGUCGCCCCGGGCUGCGAAGCUGGAACUUCAGGAAGACGCCAAGAAGAUAUGGUCUGACAUCCACGGUGGGAAGUGGAAGAUCACGCAUGCACAAUCAUCCCGCUACUUGUGCACAAGCCAGUGCGCAGAAAGCCUUGCCCACCCGGAAACUGUCAUGAAGGAGAUGUCCCACCGCAUGGCGGCCAACGACGUUCUUUGCGUGGAUGUCGGUGACGUGACCCUAUGGGCCAGCCUGUCCGCCUGCCUCACCAAAGGGCAAAGAACUCUGUCCUCGGAACGCUUGGGGACCAUGGGCUACGGCCUUUGCGCGGGCAUCGUCGCCAGUUUGGUCCGAGCAGGUGACGGGCGUGCAGUUGUCGUUGUCGGGGACGGUGGUGUGCAGAUGACCAUCAACGAGCUAGGAACGGCCCAGCAUCUCUAUGCCAACUUGGAUGAGGACCACAGUCUCAUCAUCAUCAUCCUCGACAAUUCGAAACUUGGCCGUGUGGCCUUCGGAUUUGAAGGGGCACUGGGUUGUGAGCUUGGCCCAUCGCCCGACUUUGCCGCCAUUAGCAAGGCGUACGGCGGCAACGGUGUAAAGGUGGCUGCUGCUGAAGAUCUUCCAGGUGCCAUGGACGAAGCGUUCAAGUCCAAGGGCAUCUUCAUCCUUCAUGUCCUCAUCGACCCAGCAUUAAAGGCAGACAUGGCGAGUUUCCAGGAUAAGUCGAUCAGCAUGAUGGACAGCGGCUGA